GCUCGUCCACACUCCUUGAACUUCGAAGCUUAUACUCUAUAUUCACUCAUACCAUAAGGGACUAGGUGGUCGCAUCACACAAUGUCGGAGCUUCAAUUCUGCAAACAGUUCCUCUCGGCCCUGGACUCGCGUCCCAUAAAGCUGUCUUCAGACCACAUCGCCGACCCCCGCCAAUACCAGCCCGGCGUUUCUUUCACACUUCCCCGUCUCCCUCAUCCUCCUCACCCCGCUCGUCCCAACCCCCGCCCCUCUCAAUCCACGACUGCUACAUCCCAGCAAGAUGCCACCACCACACCCUCAACAAUCAACAUUACCCUCUCACCGAUGAAACCCACCUCCCCGACCGUGCCAGUCCCGAACAUCACACCCUCGACAACAAGCAUCUUCGACCUGAAGCAAGCGUACAGCACGGCGUCCAGCAUCCCCGCCGCCAAAAUCAAGAUCCUGUGGAAGAAGAAACCGGCGCAGGAUUCCAAGACGGUGGCCGAGGUUGUGGGACAGGAUAUUGAGGGUGGGAACGUGGAGUUCAGCGUCAUGGUGCUUGGGGGAGCGACUGCGUCGGCGGCGGCUCCGGCAGCUGUACCAAGUCCGCCGGCUGUGGCGCCUGGGGAGGCGGAGAAGGGGUUGGCAGCGGGGGUUCCAGCGGUGCAGGGGCCGAAUGGGAAGGAGGUCGUUGCUACUCAAGAGUUCUGGGAUGAUUUGAGGGGUUUCGUCAUUCAGAGGAUACGGAAUGAGGAGGAGGGCAGCAGGUUGGCCGGUGUGUUUAAGGCGGCUUGGGAGAAGGAUAGAUGAGGAGCUUGGUUAGAAGGGCCCUGUUGAAUAGUGAUGAGCAAGAUGGCUGAAUCGUAUCCGUAUACAUGCAUGGAUAGGCUUUGGUCAGUUUCGAAGCUUGAUACCACAGUUGAGAAGAAAGUUUGCCUGC